CAUCUGGCCACACCCCUGGGAUCACUCAACAGCUUCGCCUCCUUGCCGGUGAUUGGCCACCAGAACUGUAGCUCAGGAGAGGCACACAGGUGGCCAAUCACUGGCAAAAAGGUGGAGCUUGGAGAGGAGCCGAGCAGUCGCAAGAAGAUCAAAGAAGAUCGAGUGAGGGAGCUGCCGGAACGAGUGAAGAGGAGAGCGGCUGGAGAAGGAAGACAGCUGACUAAUGGUGCUGCUGCAGCCAGGUAUGCUGGCUGUAGAUGGGAGAGGGAGCGAGCCCAGGCUGGAGCAGGGGUCAGCAAGGAAAGUAUCAUUGGUGUCAGUGGU